UGAAUCAAGGAAUACUCUCUGUUUGAAGCCACUUCAAAUAAGAAAAGCAUCUUAAAAAUGUUCAACAAUGCAACCCACACACCCGUACACAGAGUCAGUGCUGACACCGCCUCAGCAGAUGGCGGUAGUGAGCACCAAGGCCAUUCUGAGUUGAUAGAAGAAAAAAAACACAAACAACCACAAGAAAACCACAAAACCAAGAUGGCGGUGCAAGAGACAGCACCUCAACUGUCCAUGGCUCUCAAAGUCCAAGAAUAUCCCACCCUGAAGGUGCCGUACGAGACUCUGAACAAGCGUUUUAGGGCGGCUCAGAAGAACAUCGACCGGGAGACAAGUCACGUGACAAUGGUUGUUGCAGAGCUGGAAAAGACGCUGAGCAGCUUCCCAGUGGUCGACUCAGUGGUGUCACUGCUGGAUGGUGUGGUGGAGAAACUCAGCGCCCUGAAGAGGAAGGCUGCGGAGUCCAUCCAAGCAGAAGAUGAGAGUGCCAAACUGUGUAAGCGUCGCAUCGAGCACUUGAAGGAGCACAGCAGCGACCAGCCGGCCUCAGUCAACCUGUGGAAGAAGAAACGCAUGGAUCGAAUGAUGGUGGAGCAUUUGCUGCGCUGCGGCUACUACAACACAGCUGUUAAACUGGCCAGACAGAGCGGUAUAGAGGAUCUGGUCAACAUUGAGAUGUUCCUCACAGCUAAGGAGGUGGAGGAGUCUCUGGAGAGGCAGGAGACGGCCACUUGCCUAGCCUGGUGCCAUGACAAUAAGUCCCGCCUCCGCAAGAUGAAGAGUUGUCUUGAGUUCAGUCUGAGAAUCCAGGAGUUCAUUGAGCUCAUUAGACAAAACAAACGCAUGGAUGCAGUCAGACAUGCAAGGAAGCAUUUUAGCCAAGCGGAGGGUGGACAGUUGGACGAGGUUCGGCAGGUGAUGGGCAUGCUGGCCUUCCCAUCCGAUACACAUAUCUCCCCGUACAAGGAUCUUUUGGAUCCAGCCCGCUGGAAGAUGCUGAUCCAGCAGUUCCGAUAUGACAACUACAGACUGCACCAGCUGGGAAACAACUCUGUCUUCACUAUCACCCUGCAGGCCGGUCUGUCUGCCAUCAAGACACCUCAGUGCUACAAGGAGGACGGUACCUCGAAGAACCCAGACUGCCCAGUGUGCAGUAAAUCCCUUAACAAGUUGGCCCAACCGCUACCCAUGGCCCACUGCGCCAACUCCAGACUAGUCUGUAAGAUCUCUGGGGAGGUCAUGAAUGAAAACAACCCUCCAAUGAUGCUGCCUAAUGGAUAUGUAUAUGGCUACAAUUCCCUUCUGUCCAUCCGCCAAGAUGACAAAGUGGUGUGUCCCAGAACCAAAGAAGUCUUCAACUUCUCUCAGGCUGAGAAGGUCUACAUCAUGUGAUCACUCAGAGUAUCAACAUGAUCAAAUAUGGCCGGUCGUUCAUUACCUAUGUGCCGGCCUACUCAGAGCCACCUGUGGAGCUGUGAUCCAGUGCCCUUUCCCCCCACAGACACACCCAACAUUUCCCACAAUCCCCCCUCCCAAUAUAUGAUCGGCUGAAGUUUGCCAGUUUCCUUUCCUUCUCCCAUUCUAUCACACAAACGGAGAUCCUCUCCUUUCAGACAGUUUUUCUGAUGUGGCUACAGAACAAGAAGUUGAUUGAUCUGAUCCAUUCAAGCACAUGGACUCUCAACAUUGUCAUUUUUUUUUAAAGGCCCUCGCUUUAGUUUAGAGACUAAAGAAAAGGACUGAGGGGGUGAAAAACUGCUAGGUAGAUAUUUGAUUUUAUUACAACAAAUAAAAACUUGUUGAGGUUACUUUGA